CAUCUUGUGAGAUUCUAUUCACUAUGCUGUGAUCAAACAAACAAAGCUGAUACUGUUUAUUUGCGAUCACAGAAAUACACGCGAACGAGCUCUGAAAUAGCAAGUUAUUUAAUAUAUUUUGCUACGUAAACGAUGGAACGGACAAACCGGUCAAAAAUUUUAAACCUUCUCAAAUCACAUUGCCUAUUAUUGAGCAUUCUUGUUGGUGUCGUGCUUGGUUGUAUUAUUGGUAUCUUAUGUCAUGAUCUUGUUCAGAAUUCUGAAGAUCCUUCACCUCGAAGACUCGCUAUGUAUAUAAAAUUUCCUGGCGAACUUUUCAUACGAAUGUUGAAAUUGAUCGUAAUUCCAUUGAUAACCUCAAGCAUCAUUGUUGCAUUGAAUGAUAUCGAUAUCAAAAGUGCUGGUCGCCUGGGCAAGAGAACCAUGAUCUAUUAUAUAACAACCACAAUACCUUCGGCAAUACUUGGUUUAAUUCUUGCGACCAUAAUUAAACCUGGCACUGGUGUUAAUGAAGAAAAUAAAGCAUCCGGCAAUAUCGAACGCGAUUCUGUCGAUUCAUUUCUAGAUUUAUUAAGGUACGGUAUGAUAUAGUCCAUAUUAAUUAUUGGUCUUCUGAUAUAGGCUCCUUGCAUUGUUUACGUUUUCUUGACUCUUCAGGCCAGGGAGG